UCUUCUUGUUCAACUUCUUCUGCCUUUGCCCCUUAACCAUGGAACGUGUCAGUGAUAAAAAUCGUCCACAACCACCACGUUCUCGUGAGUUUCUUGAAACAGUUGAAGAGAUCACCCGAAUCUACCGGUCACUGCCACCUCGACCUUCCAUAGAGGAACUUGAAGCUGCCACGUCAGCCUUGGAAACCGUGAACAGCGAGGAGCAAUCGAAGCUCAACGAAAUCUCGGAGCAACAGCCGCCACGUGGCAUCCCUGAUGACCUGUUCUCUGUUCUGAAGGAUCUCAAGAAGAGCGUGGUGGUUUUCCAGAGCCACCAGCAGAGGAAAGAGGCGCUUCAUGUUAUUGACAUGGAGAAGAUGUUUCAAAACUUCGGUGACCUUAUUCAGAGGGCGUCUGAGUUGGUCUCCGGCGGUGGCGGCGGCGGCGACGGUGUUGGCACUGAGAUUGAUGAGGUUGCUGGUGAGAGGUUGGUGGUGAUGAAGAAGAUAGAGGAAGCGGAAGAGGAAGAGGAAGAGGAGGAUGAAGGGGCACGAAAGAAUGUUUUGAAGAAGAGUUCAUCGGCGAAGAAGUUGUUCUCUCAAGGCACUGGAAGCUCUGAGAAAUUAAGUAUCAUGAAAGUCGCUACUGUUAUUGAAACUUGUGCUAAAAAUGGAGACACAAAGCUUGAGCUUAAAGGGAAAUUGGAGGAACAAAUGGAAUGGUUACCCCUUUCAAUUGGGAAACUAUCUCAUGUCACUGAAAUAGACCUAUCCGAAAACAGAAUCAUGGCUCUUCCAACAACAAUUGUGGCUCUCAAGGCCUUAACAAAGCUAAAUCUUUCUUCCAACCAGCUCAUAAACCUUCCCCAAUCAUUUGGCGAAUUGAUUAACCUUGUCGAGCUCAACCUCCGCUGCAACAAAAUGAAGACCCUCCCAGCUUUGUUUUGUAACUUGAAAAAUCUCGCUGAUCUCGACUUGAGUUUGAAUGAGUUCACAGUUUUGCCAGAGACGAUCGGGGGUUUAAGCAGCCUUAGGAGGCUGAACGUCGAGACAAAUGAACUUGAGGAGCUGCCAUACACAAUUGGAAACUGUUCAAUGCUAUCUAUUUUGAACUUAGAUUUCAAUCAGCUAAAGGCCCUUCCUGAGGCAAUAGGGAAGCUUGAGAGCUUGGAGAUUCUCACUUUGCACUAUAACAGAGUUAAAAGGUUGCCUUCUACAAUAGGUAAUCUAAUGAACUUGAAGGAACUUGAUGUUAGCUUCAAUGAACUUGAAUUCAUACCUGAAAACCUAUGUUUGGUCGUAAAUUUGAGGAAACUAAAUGUUGGAAAGAACUUCGCGGACCUAAGAGCCUUGCCGGAAACAAUUGGAAAUCUCGAGAAGCUCGAGGAGUUGGAGAUAAGUGACGAUCAAAUAAGAGCUUUGCCCGAAUCUUUCAGGCUCUUGUCUAAUUUGAGAGUUUUCCGUGCUGAUGAGACUCCUCUUGUGGUUCCCCCAAGAGAAGUGAUUAAGUUGGGUGCUCAGGAAGUUGUGCAGUACAUGGCUAAUUUUGUCGCUGAGAGGGAUGCAAAAUUUGUGUCAUCAAAAAAUAAGAAUAGAAGGAAGAGUAUUCGAUUCUGGCUUUGCUUCGGAUUCUGAUUUGAGGAGUGAUGUCGUUAAAUGAACCAUGUUGAUUGUUAUGUUGCCUCAAGUUGUGUUAUGUCCUACAUCUUCUAAUUAAUUAAUUAAUUAAUUGUUUUAUUGUAAUGCAAUAAUAUUUGGCUAGCCUUGUAAAUAAUUUUAUGAUAAAUACCGGUAUUUUGUAUU